GGACGGCAACAGGUGAGGAGCAUCUUGGGACGCCUCAAGCUGAGUAAGGUACCAGAUCAAGAUGCUAAAGGCUUGGACUGUCCUCCUCCUUUGCGGCCUCCUGCCCUCCACCCAAGCUCUCGCUGACAAUGUCCUUUUGAUGGCCCGGCUGCCUAAGGAUGUCCUGGAGAAUGGCAUCUCAGAUACGCUGGCCAAAGGCAACCUGCUCCAGGGUCUCUUGGGGCAAGUGCUUGGUGGAGACCUUCUAGGAGGCUUGACUGGCGGCGUCCUUGGAGGCCAAGGAGGAGGUCCUCUUGGCUUGGUAGGAGGCCUGGCUGGUGGUGCACUUGGAGGCCAAGGAGGAGGUCCUCUGGGCUUGGUAGGAGGAUUGGCUGGAGGUGCACUUGGAGGCCAAGGAGGAGGUCCUCUGGGCUUGGUAGGAGGCCUGGCUGGAGGUGCACUUGGAGGCCAAGGAGGAGGUCCUCUGGGCUUGGUAGGAGGCCUGGCUGGAGGUGCACUUGGAGGCCAAGGAGGAGGUCCUCUGGGCUUGGUAGGAGGCCUGGCUGGAGGUGCACUUGGAGGCCAAGGAGGAGGUCCUCUGGGCUUGGUAGGAGGCCUGGCUGGAGGUGCACUUGGAGGCCAAGGAGGAGGUCCUCUGGGCUUGGUAGGAGGCCUGGCUGGAGGUGCACUUGGAGGCCAAGGAGGAGGUCCUCUUGGAAUUGUCGGCGGUGCCCUGGGAGGCAAAGGAGGUCUCCUCGGUGGUGUCCUUGGACGUGAAGGUCUCCUUGGCUUGAAGUUGGUGGACAUCGUCCUUCCUAAGGUCUCACUGAAAUUCUUGAAAGGCGUUGGGGUCGGACUGAACAUCUAUACCAAAGUUGCUCUCAAGGGAGAUACGCUUUUGGGUGGGCUUCUGAAUCUUCUGGUGGAAGUGAACGUCACAGCAAACGCACGUCUGGUCCAGGACAAGUCAGGCACUCCCAUCCUAGUUGUGGAAAACUGCAAGACCAACUUGGGUGGCAUUCAGAUCCUGUCUGGGUUCCUUCCACUCAACUUGGACAGGGUCUUGACGAAUCUCCUGAGCAAUGUCAUCCCUGGAGUGCUGUGUCCAGUUGUAGAUCUUGUGCUGAAUAUUGUGAACACCCUUCUUGGCACAGUCAACAGCGUCUGCCCAUUCGGUACGCUGGGGAAACUACAUUACACCCUGGCUGGCCUGCCGUGGUUCAGCGAUGAACAACAAAUUGUGCUGAAUGUGAAUGUCUUAGUGCUUGAUAAUGAAGGCAACUCCAUCAAGCUUCCCCCAACCCAGCUGCCCUCUCUUCCUCCAGCUGGGGACCACACUUCCCAGUUGCUUCUCUCUGGUGACCUCAUCUCCUCCUUGCUGCAGCUGGUGGUAAAGAACGGGCAGCUCAACACAGACAUCACUGACCAAGCGCUCCAUGGAGCCGUCCCACUGACAACGUCCGCACUUCAAUCUGUGCUACCUCAGCUGUCCCGGCUGCUGCCAACAAGCCUGCCCCUGGUGGUCAAGAUCCGGAUCAGCGACGUUCCGGGAGUGUCUUUGCAAAACGGGAAGCUGACAGUGACCCUUGCCGCUGCCGUUGAUGUUUUCGCCCUCGCAGACUCCGGCCCUGAGCUUCUCUUUGGGUUGAAUGCUCAAAUCGGCUUGAGUGGAUCUGUCCGCAUUUCAGGAGCAAAAUUGGCCGUCUCCUUAUCUCUUGACAAGUAAGUGGAUCUUGAUGCUCUAGA